CGAUGUUCUUGAACGCAGCCUCAGUUUGGGGGCGAGGAGGAUGCUGUUGUUAGCUUCAGCGGUGGAUGAGAAAAUGAAGUAGUCUCACACACACGGAUAUUAUAAAGUUAUGGGCGGAUUUCAACCUGCAGUCAAAAUGGCGAGAGACAGAAAGUGCAUCCUGUGUGAAACAGUCCACGUGUCCAAGCAGGAGAUGGAUGAGCACAUGAGAAGUAUGCUGCACCAUCGUGAACUGGAGAAGCUCAAAGGCCGGGACUGCGGACACGAGUGCAGAGUAUGCAAGGUAACCGUGGUGAGCCUGACCGAUUAUGCCAGCCACAUUUCCAGCCCCACGCACAAGCAGAAUGUCGAGGCCGCGGAACAAAAACCCGCCGGGCACGACCACGACGAGGACUACUUUGACCAGGCUUUGGUGGAGCUGAUCGAGAAGAGAAAAGAACAGCUUCGAAAAGAGAAGGAGGCUGCUGCUGCAAAACUUGCAAAAGAAGAGGAGGAACGAAGAAAAAAAGAGGAGUUUCAGAGGAGGCUGAAGGAAGCCAAGGAGCGUUUCCGGCUCCAGAGUGGCUGGCAGCAGCCUUCGCAGGUGUGCGUAGGAUCCAGUCAGCACAAUUCAUGGUACAGGAGCAACCGAUAUAGUGCCAGAGCAGGGGAUGCACGACCCUGGCAGAACAAUAAACAGGGAAAAAGCGCCACCUGGCAUGCUCAGGAGCCUCCUAACUUUCAGAAAUGGGCGUCGGGAGAGUUGCAUGGUGGAAGCUUGCACAACCAGGAGGGUUUGGGCAACAAACAGUGGCAUCAGGGUGUAUUAUCUGGCAGUCAGCAAAGUCGACUGCCCUGGCUCAGCAAUGCAGGUAGCAGUAAUGGGGUCUAUGGCAGAAACAAUAUUUCUCAGUACCCACAAAGGAACCGGCCUCUGAGCUUGUUGGGGCCUCCUCCCACGUAUCCAUCUCCACCAAGUUUCUUCACCACUGCUGUCAACCAGUUACAAAGUACAAGCAAUGACCGGGGAGAUCAGCAGGGCGAUGGGCUUCAGAACGGGGAGGAACAAAAUGCAGAAUGUGAUCACAACAGCGCUAAGAGCUCUAAGACCUUUGGUAGCAAUCCAAAGCUGGACAAAGCCUGUCGCUGGUCACCCUAUCCAGUCACAAAGGGUUUUGAUUCUGUACUCCAUAAAGACACUUUAUCAAACUCAUCAGAGAAGUAUCCCAAAGUUCCCAAACCCCAGAAACAGGAAAAAGCACCAGAAACCAGCGCCUUUAUCAGGCACUCUCGACCUGAACAGAAACCUGGGCAGUUGACCUCUAGUGGACAAAGUGUGGAAGAGAAAGGGAAGCUAAAAAAGAACCCCAAAAACAAGCCCAGAGAUAGGAGUAGCAGCGGCAGUAGAAGCGGCAGUGGUGUGAAAGACGGCCAACAGAACUCCUCAUCUGGUCCCUCCAAUCAGAAGGCAAAUAAACCAUUGCUGCAUGAAGAGAAGAAGCUUUCCCCAGUUCCUGGUCUCAACAGUGGAGCUCAACACAGUAAGGCCCCCUGUCAAGCGCAUCCACAAUCAAAGUCAACUACAAAGCACAGUGGAAUAAAGUCCCCUCCUAUUGGGCCACUGCAAUCAAGGCAAGAACGGCAGCUCCCAGAAACAUUGAAGAAAGCCAGAGAGAUUGUGCUGGAAAAGAGGGGCUCUUUGGAUAGCUCCAGUAACAACAAGCUGGAAAUGACUCGGCACGCUGUGGAGGAGCAGCUGAGGGAUCAUGCACAGAGUCAGGUCGGAGUGAAUAAAGAGAACAGCUGUAGGCAGAAUGCAGUUAAACAGACGUUACCUGACUCAAUCAGGCCCUCUCCUCAUGGAGAAGAGAAAGAGAAGCUUGCACUGUCGUCUUCAGACAGCAGCCAGUUUCUCCAGUCACUGCAAGUUAGCACCUCUACCGUGGAGAGCUCAGAAGCUGCCACCUCCAGCAGGGAGGACGAGGAGAACAGGAAGAGCUUGGAGAAGGAAACUUGCUCAGAGGCCCCAGGUGAGGCCAUGCAGGCUGUCGAAGCGGGGCAGGGCUCAGAGAGUGAUGCCUCCAGAAGUGACGAAGCACAAAUGGUCUCAGGGUCGAACGCAUCAAGUCUGUCGAAACUUGACCUGCCUCCUGUCUUAAAACGAGACCUGACCAAACACAUCAGCUCCAAGAGCAAAACAGGUGGCCACGAGCCCAAUCUGAACAUUGCCAGACGGGUCCGUAACUUGAGCGAGUCACGGAGAAGUGACACCGAGAAGGAUUCAGGGCUCAAACCGACUGUGCGACAGCUCAUCAGCUCCUCCGGGUCCCGACGCAAUGUGAACUGGGAACAGGUCUAUCAGGAGGUCAGGAAGAAGCAAGACAAAGGAAAAGGCAUGCCAAGGUUUGGGAUAGAGAUGGUGCCAUACGACCAGGAGGACCAGAGCCAGGAGGAAGAUGACAUUUCUCUGCUAGAGGGUUUCCAGUGGGAGUCACUCACAGACACUUCUGGCCCGGCUGCCUCUCGCAAACGCUCCUUAUCAGAGAGCAGCCUCGCGCCGGCAUCCGCUCACGCCUUGUUUCCAUCCCACAUGUCAAAGGAGACGGCACAAAGAGAAGGCCGCAGCCCAGAACAACAGGGAGCCUUGAUUUCUCCUAAAUCUUUAUUUGCCCAAGGGAAAGACAAUCAGCAAGAGGUGGAGCAGAUGCUUGGUCACUAUGUGUCCAAAGCGCAGAGGCAGCCAGAAAAAAUAACGUCGGGGACAGUGAAGACUCUCCAGAGAUCUGACUCAGUGCUUGGGGACAGCAGUUCGGGGACGGAGCAGUUGGACGGUCAGGGAACAGGGAAGAGGCGAAGAGCAGCUGCAGAUGUCCCAAGCCCAGAGACGUCUUGCUUGGAACACAAUAACAAAAGAAGGAAGAUCAAAUCCAAAAGAGAGCGUUUUCAUAUCGACCAGCUGCUGGCUGUGUCUCUGCGGGAGGAGGAGCUCAGUCGUUCCCUUCAGACCGUGGACACCAACCUGAUCCAGGCCCGGGCGGCACUGGAGGCCGCCUACAUGGAGGUGCAGCGACUCAUGGUGGUAAAACAACAGAUGACUGUAGAGAUGAGCACACUAAGAAACAAACGCAUCGACUUACUAAAGGGGAUGCAAGGUAGUUUAGAGGUAGCACCUCUGCUCAAACUAAAAGAAGAAAAGAUGGAUUCAGUGGAAGCUGAGCCAUACAUGCCCUCCUGCGUUACACUCUCCUCUGUUACGGACACUUCUGCCGCACUCAGUCCUACUCAGACUGCCCAGCGUGCCUCCCCUCCCUCCUCCAGUCUUCCCUUCAUGCCUGUAGUAAUCAAGCAGGAGCCCCAGUCUCCUGUCCGUGUCAGCUCAGAGCUGGACCACGUGGAAAACACAACUUACUGUGCUCACAGUACCACUCCGGAGCUGCCGGUCGCUCCUGUUUCAGCAUCUCCACCAGACCCCACCCUUGACUCGCAGCUAUCUCCUGAAAGAAACCCAGAGUGGUACCAAGCUAACAGAGAACAUGAACGAGAGAGCUUUGGAGAGUCUGUAGACUGCAAAGAAAGCUUGUCAGGAAUGUCUGAGACAACUGACAAAGCUUCACAGGCAACAACGAACUGUCUCACUUUGCAGGACUCCAAAACCUCCGUAAAGCUUCUCUCAGCCAGCAGGAGGGGCUCUGAGGUGGGAAGCCUUGCCGAGUGUUCAACCACACAGUCCUUUGAAACCCCCUCAGUGCUUUCAGUCCUGAAUAUGCCAGCCUCUCCCUCUGAACUGAGGAGCGGAAAGCGAGUAAGAAAGCUGAAGAAGAGGAAGGUGUUGAAGAAGGCUCAAGGGACGGAGCAGCCCGAAAGCAGCGACACCGAGGUGGACGCAGAAGCCUCCCGGCCGAGGUGGCCUCGACCGCGCAGGAGACCCAGUGGUGGCUCUCAGGUGGCCCCUGCUGAGCAGACAGUGACCGUUGAUUCAGAAGACAGCAUGGAGGUCACAGCGGUCUGUCAGCAGCCCCUCAUCCAGGUCCCAGACUCCUCCAGACCUGAGCCACAGAGCCUGGCCUGCAACGAAGUCACCUCCACCAGUGACAUGGAAGUGUGUAAAUCCUCUGAGAGUGACGCACCACUGCCAAAGAUAACAAAGGCCUCAUCAGUAUUUUUGCAUUUCCCAGAUGCAUCCUCUGACCACGGUGAAGAUGAUAUUCCCACUGAGGGAGUGUUCGAGGGCCACCAGGAGGCGGUGAACGCCAUGCAGAUCCACAAUGGGCUGCUGUACACGUGCUCAGGAGACCGCACCGUCAAAGCCUUCGACCUGGUGAGCCAUAAAUGUGUAGCUGUGUUUGAGGGUCACAGUUCUAAAGUGAGCUGCUUGUUUGUGUCCGCUGCUCCCUGCCUUCAUCACCGCCUUUAUUCUGGUUCCAGUGACCAGACCAUCCGCUGCUACAGUCUCAAGACACGAGAACUGGAGCAGCAGUUCUCUCUGUCAGACCGAGUCCUCUGCCUCCACAGCCGCUGGAAGAUUUUAUACGCUGGUCUGGCUAACGGCACCGUGGUGACCUUUAACCUCAAGACAAACAAGCAGAUGGACGUGUUUGAGUGCCACGGGCCGCGGGCCGUGAGCUGUCUCGCCUCAUCGCAGGAGGGAGCCAGGAGGAUCCUGCUGGUCGGCUCCUACGACAGCACCAUCAGCGUGAGAGACGCCAAGAACGGACUCCUGCUGCGCACGCUGGAGGGACACACCAAAACUGUGCUCUGCAUGAAGGUGGUCAAUGAUCUGGUAUUUAGCGGCUCCAGUGAUCAAUGCGUCCAUGCACACAACAUCCACACAGGAGAGCUGGUGCGGGUCUAUAAGGGCCACAGUCACGCCGUCACUGUGGUGGCCGUCCUGGGGAAGGUGAUGGUGACCGCCUGCCUCGACAAGCUGGUCCGAGUCUUUGAUCUGCAGUCCCAUGAGCAGCUGCAGGUCUACGGGGGACACAAGGACAUGGUGAUGUGUUUGGGCAUCCACAAGAACAUGAUCUACACAGGCUGUUACGAUGGCAGCGUGCAGGCCGUCAAGCUCAACCUGAUGCAGAACUAUCGCUGCUGGUGGAACGGCUGUUCGUUGGUGUUCGGGUUGAUGGAGCAUCUGCAGCAGCACCUGAUCAGCGACCACACCUGUGCCAACGUCCAGACGUUCAAGUGCCGCUGGAAAAACUGUGAAGAGUUUUUCUGUGCACGCAACAGCUCCAAGCAGGGGAUGCUCAUGCACAUGCAGAAACAUGCUGAGGAGACUGAACUGGAGCCUUAAGGCCGGUGGGAACGUCGUUUCCCCGUCGAACUCUUCCCCCUUUCUUGUUACCUUUCCCCCCCUGUUAACCUCCCAUAUUGGGGGGGAUCUUUUUGGGACCCACUUAACUUAGCAGAGCUCCUGUCGAGCCUGAUGAGUGGCGUCUGACGACUCCAUCCUUUAUGUUCGGUGUUGGAAUCCAACCAUAUUACAAUCACGAAAGGAGGGUUGGUUGUGCUGUUGUUGUUUUUUUACGUUCUACAAACAGGCCUUCCUCUCUUUCUGUCUGACCAUGAACAUUGCAGUUCCUCUUUUCACUGACCAAAAUAAGACAAAGAUACACGUGACUUUUGUUAAUUGAAGAAACUUCAGUGUUGCCGGGAUCAGAGGGAACGUUAUGCUUUCUGUUGAAACUGCAAGUCAAACCAAUAAUCUUUUUCCAGGUUGGUUGGCUACAAUAUGGCAUGGGUUAAAGAGAUGUUUUUAUUGUUGUUGUGCAGUUGUGACGUGUCUUGUUGAGCAACCUUUAGUUCUUUUUUUCUUUUUUUCUUUUAUGAAGUUGACAUAAUUCGUUCGAUCAUUCAUAACGAGUGAUUGAAAGUGUUUGUGGAAAUUCACGGUGUAGUCUCUCAGGCUGUGAAUAAGUCAGCAGUAGUGAUUAUUUGUUUUUAAGAGUUUCACUGUGGUGAGAAAAUUUAUUUGUUUUUUUGGUUUGGUUUUUAUUUUAUUUU